UGUCCAACUUCCAAGCCUUGUCGAACUGUAUAUUAUAAAACGAGCUGUGUGUACGUACGACUUCGUAGAUGCACUAACUUAAUCCUAGAAUAAAUUAACAAGUUUAGUUUUGUAACAUUACUAAUUAUUGUCUGUCUCUGUGAUCAUUAAUCAGAAAUCACAAUGUCGAGCCGUUGCAUUCUCGGCUGCUCCCCACAGGAAAGAUCAAAGACCAUACAUCAUUUUCCAUCACCGAAUAUAUAUCCUCAGCUAUAUGAAGAUUGGUUAAAAGUCAUCCCAAGCAAAUAUGAUAAAAAAAAAUUUGACCAUCGCAGGUAUAGAAUUUGCGAUAGACAUUUUGAAGAAAAAGCGAAGUAUGGAGUGCAUCGCCUUCAAAGAUGGGCAGUUCCAAAAUUGCAUUUACCUACCCCAGUUGAUGCACACGAUAGUUGCGAUUCUCCGAAGGAAUUAAAUGGUAAUGGAAUUGUUUGGGAAAUAAAAGAACUUAUUAAAUACGAACAUAGCUAUGCUACACCUAGAAACUCUAAUGGCGAACUGCAAAAGGAAGAUACAAUUAUGAUUGUUGAUGACACACCAGUAAAUACUAAUGGGAAUAUUGGAAACACAACGAAAGUCGAUUUAACGAAAUUAAUAGAUUCUUAUAAUAUAGAACAAACAUGUUACAGUGAUGCUGAACAACUAAUAAGUCAUCUCAAUGUUUCCGAAGUAAUAGAAAUUGCAAGCAUCGCAGACAAUAAAGAGAAUAUUGCCUCACAAGACCAGAGUGAGAUAAGAGAAACUUUACAAAACUCAGAAGAUAUUAUAUCUAACUGUGAUUUGUUGUCGUGCGAUGAUUUAUUAUCGAACAAAGAAGAAUGUCAAAACAUAAACACAAAAAAUUCAGUAAGCAUUGCAACCACAAAAUACACAGAAAAUACACGACAUGUUUUGAAUGAUGGUAAUGUUAAUAAGGUAAAUGAAAGUAAUGCAGGCUACAAAAGGAAAAGGAAAUAUAUUUUUUAUCCUAUCCAACCAAAAUCAGGGCAGUCUGCCAUUAUUUCUAAGCGAGAAAUAUCAGAAAUAACUACCAAAAGAAACAAUUGUGCUCACAAGGCUUAUAUCUGUUUCGAUGAAAACUCUGUAUUCAAAAAGACACAGCCUAAAGUAAAUAAAAUAAAACCUCUUUUAAUAAAUUCAAUAUCCUUCUUCAACACCCAAAACAAUACUCCUAACAAACAAUCUGUUCCCUCUGCUUUCGUUGAUUUUGCUCCGUUUAAAUGCAGAGAUAAAGUUUUAAAUGCAAGUUUAUUACUUAAUUUGGAAAACAAGGACCGCAAUUCAUUGAAAUUUGAAGAAUAUAAUGCUAAUGACUUAAACCAAUUGGAAGGCAAAAAUUCGUUACAACAAUCUGGACGUAACAUUAAUGUCAAUUCAAUUAGAGAAGAGAGUAUAAGAGAGAUUUGUGAGCAAGCAAAUUCUGAAUAUAGAUCAAUUCCAAAUAAUGAGCUUUGUUUAUCAGACAACUACACUCAGAAUAAUGCUAUCAUUCAAGAUUAUCUCUCUACAAAUCCUGACAGGCACAUUAUAUCAGAAUCAAAAUCAAUUCCAAAUAAUGAGCUUUGUUUAUCAGACAUCCAUACUCUGAAUAAUGGGAUUCAACGACUUCUUUGUACAAGCCCUGACAGGCAUGUAUCAGUAAGAAUAUGUGAGGAAAAUUGUGUAAACCCAGCUGGCCCCGUAAGCCUAAAACCAGCAAAACUUCAUGUAAGCGAGCUAGAUGUCGAUGUCGGAAGUACUACAAUUGUAUACGGCGGCUUUGAGCCAAAUGAUGAUGAGCCGGUAGAAGAUCCGUUGGCCAUUCAUAGUCCAGAUUUAGGUAUUAAGGACAGUGGAGCGUUUAAUGACGACAGUAUGAUGUGUUCUGUAGAAAACAAUAUAAAUGUUGUAGAAGACCAUAAUGUAAGCAAUGUAGAAGACAAUAUGAGUAUUAUAAAAGAUAAUAUGAGCAGCGUAGAAGAUAAUAUCAGCAAUGUUGAUGGCAAUAUAAGUGAUGUAGAAGACAAUAUGAGUAUUAUAAAAGACAAUAUAAGCAAUGCAGAAGAUAAUAUCAGCAAUGUUGAAGGCAAUAUAAGUGACCUAGAAGACAAUAUGAGUAUUACAGAAAUCAAUAUGAGCAAUUUAGAAGAUAAUAUCAGCAAUGUUGAAGGCAAUUUAAGUGAUGUAGAAGACAAUAUGAGUAUUAUAGAAAUCAAUAUGAGCAAUAUAGAAAAUAAUAUCAGCAAUGUUGAAGGCAAUUUAAGUGAUGUAGAAGACAAUAUGAGUAUUAUAGAAAUCAGUAAGAGCAAUAUAGAAGAUCAUAUUAGCAAUGUUGAAGGCAAUUUAAGUGAUGUAAAAGACAAUAUAAGUAUGAUAAAAGACAAUAUGAGCAAUAUAGAAGAUAACAUCAGCAUUGUUGAAGGCAAUAUAAGUGACGUAGAAGACAAUAUGAGUAUUACAGAAAUCAAUAUGAGCAAUAUAGAAGAUAAUAUCAGCAAUGUUGAAGGCAAUUUAAGUGAUGUAGAAGACAAUAUGAGUAUUAUAGAAAUCAAUAUGAGCAAUAUAGAAAAUAAUAUCAGCAAUGUUGAAGGCAAUUUAAGUGAUGUAGAAGACAAUAUGAGUAUUAUAGAAAUCAAUAGGAGCAAUAUAGAAGAUAAUAUUAGCAAUGUUGAAGGCAAUUUAAGUGAUGUAGAAGACAGUACGAGUAUUGUAGAAAAUAUGAGCACUAAAAAAGACAACAUGAGCUAUAAAAAAGACACCAAACAUCUGGUAGAUAGACUUGAUAGUAAACACUGUAUAGAUGAUCUUGUUCACAGAGAAGAAUGUAAUGAUGAUUUAGACCUUAGACUUGAAAUUGCUUUUGCUUUAAAAUUUAUGUACAAGAAAGACAAAACUCUCAAAGAAGCUGUAGAAGAAAUUAUUGAGACAUACGGGAAAGGAAAAUUGACUUUAAAAGAAGCAAAAUGUUGGUACCAUGAGUUUAAAUUGGGAAACAAUAUAAUGAGGAUAAUAUCUUCUGGUGGUCCAGUAUACAAAUAAUUAUCUUACCUAUGAAAAGGAAUGUAUAUUUAAUAACCUUCAUAAAAACGAAAUAAUUUAGUAAAUUAUACUUAGUCACGAAGGUGUUAGUAAAAUUUGCUUAAAAUUAUUAUUUGAUGUUAAUAAAUACUGCUAAAGGAACUUACCCUGAAGGCUAAUCAAGUCAUAAGAAGGCGCUGAAAUGCGUCGAAAGAAGAAUAACGUCAAUAUAAACAAAGACAAUAAUUAAAUUGACAGCCGAUGCGAUGUGAUGAAAACCCGAUGUGAUGAAGACAAUAUGAGCAGUGUAGAAGACAAUAUGAGCACUGUAGAAGACAAUUUAAGCAAUGUAGAAGACAAUAUGAGCACUGUAGAAGACAAUAUGAGCUUUAAAAAAGACAGCAGACAUCUGUUAGACAGUUUUGUUGACAGAUACUAUGAUGAUCUAGACCUCAGACUUGAAAUUGCUUAUGCUUUAAAAUUUAAAUAUCAAGAAGGGAAAACUUCCAAGGAAGCUGUAGAGGAAAUUAUCGAGAAAUACGGUAGAGGGAAACUGUCUUUAGAAUAAGCAAAAUGUUGGUAUAGUGAGUUUAAUUUGGGAAACAGUAUAAUGAGAAUAAUAUUUUCCGGUGGUCCAAUUAAUAAAUAAUUUAAUCUUUGUAAAGGAAUGGAAACCAUUUUGAAAUUGGAUAUAGCACCGGAGGUUGAUUAUUGAAUUCAAAUUCUUUAUUCAACAUAUGCUAUAAUUUAUAAUGAAACAGUGUCUAUCACAUAGUCUAAUCCCAGGCUAAGUGUUUUGCUGAAAAUUAUUAUUUGCUUGAAAAAUACAACACUGCGAAAAGAGCUUUUAACUAUUGGCUAUCAAACUUUAAAAAGUGCUACUUAGGAAGGUCUCACGAAGAAUAAUGUCAACAUAAACCAGUGAAUUGUCAGUCGGUGGACA